AUGCCACACAAACACAAGCGCAAGCGCGACGACGACCCCUCCAACUAUGACCUGCCGCCCACCCACCGUGCGAAAACCCUCGCCGUGCAAAAGAAGUCCGACCCAAUAUUCACCUCGGAGAUAGAGAAGAAGCGCAAAAGAGAAGAAAGAAAGCAGAAAAAAGAGCAUCAAAAGCACCAAUAUCGAGAAGACGACACGCCCAAGGCGUUCAAACGCCUUCUAGCCUUCCAGGACGGCAAGAGAAUACGUUCCGGACUCGACGACGGAACAGCGCCCUCGAAGAAACGCCGUAAAGUGGAUGCAAAGCCACAGUCGAACUCGGCUUCGACCUCGACGUUGAAGCCAUCUUCAAAUACUCUCACCAAGUCUUCAGCGGACGGACAUGGUGCCACCAAACCAACCGAUGAAGCCGCUCUAUCUGCCGUUACUGCUACUGCUACUGCUCCAGCCCAGACGAGCCUGAAAAUCAAACCCGGCGAAACGCUCUCCUCGUUCAGCGCCCGCGUCGACCAGUCCCUACCACUGACCUCGGUACCCAAGCACAAGUCUAAGCUCACGCAGAUCGCGGGCCUCGAGAAGAUCAAAACUCCACUGAGCAAGCACAAUAAACGCCUGGCACGCAUGCAAAAGGAAUGGCGCAACACCGAGCAGAAGUUGAGAGCCAAGGAGGAAGAACUCGCCGACGAACUCGCGGAGAAGAGGGACGAAGAUCAGCUGGUGUGGUUGGGCGCCGGGGUCGACCCUUCGAACCCGUUGGGCAAGAAGAGGCGGAAGAAAGGAGGAGCAGGGAAGGAUGUCAAUGAUGCGGAUCCGUGGAAGAUCUUGGAGAAGAAGAGGCGCGAGGAAGGCGAGCUGAGGCAGCGCAGUUUGCAGGACGUGGUCACUGCGCCGCCGGUGUUGAAGCCGCUGAAAAAUAUAUUCAAGGUUAAGUCGCUCGGCGACGGUACUGUGGGUGCGCCGGGGAUUCGCGCGCAGAAUGCUUAG